AUGGGGGACACGGCUCCCCCCCAGGCCCCGGAUCUCGGGGCCGGUCUCCUGGGAGGGGGCUCGGUGGCCCCCCGGGUGCACAGCGCCAUCGUGGAGCGGCUGCGAGCCCGCAUCGCCGUCUGCCGCCAGCACCACCAGAGCUGCGAGGGACGCUACGAGCGGGGCCGGGCGGAGAGCUCGGACCGCGAGCGGGAGAGCACCCUGCAGCUGCUGAACCUGGUGCAGCACGGCCAGGGGGCCAGGAAGAGCGGCAAGCACAGCAAAGGGGCGGGCAGCGCCGGCCCGGCUCCCUCUGCCGCGCCGCCGGACUAUCACCCGCAGCUGCUCAGCAACGGGGCUGCUGGGGGCAGAAGUGGGAUCAACGGGGAGCAGCAGCAGCAGCAGCCGGGCUCAGCGGCCGACGGGGGGCAGAGGAACUCGGCCCUCAUUGCGCUCCAGGGCUCCUUGAAGAGGAAGUUGGUGGUAAAUCUAUCACCUGUUAACAACAAGAGACCCAAUGGUAUUUCAGAUAACUCUUUCCUUGAUAUUAAGAGGAUACGAGUGGGUGAUAAUCUUUCUAUGGGACAAGGCGGACAUGUUAACAAUUGCCAAAGCCAGUCAAUGUCAGGAACCUUGUCUGUGGGGCAAGGAUCACAAAGAAAGACCAGCAACCUAACAAACAAUACCCACUCUAGUGGGCAUAUAUUUAAUAUGCCUUUGAAAGAGGUCAAGAAAGAACCAGGAGAAACCAUAUCUUGCAGCAAACACCUGGAUGAUCAGAUGUCCCAUGAAAACAUUUUCCCUAACAGAUAUGGGGAAGAUACAGGGGAACAGAUGAUGGACCCAGAGCUUCAGGAGCUGUUUAAUGAACUGACUAACAUAUCGGUGCCACCAAUGAGUGACCUUGAACUAGAAAAUAUGAUCAACGCCACCAUAAAACAAGAUGAGCCGUUUAACAUUGAUCUUGGGCAGCAAAACCAGAGAGGCGCUGCUAGAUCUUCUCUGCAGAUGGAGAAAAUAGUGAUAAAGAGUGAAUAUUCGCCAGGCUUGAAUCAGGCACCUGUGGGUUCCCCUCAAAUGAGGCCUUCUUCUACAGGACCAGCUUUCACUAUGUCCAGCGCUGCCAUGUCCACCUCUUCACCAAUCCCUUCGGUGCCUCAGAAUCAAGCACAGUCGUCGCAGGUCUCUUCUGUCUCAAAUCGACCAUUGACUAACUGGCAAGAAGUAUCUCACGCCCAGCAGCUAAAACAAAUAGCAGCCAACCGACAACAGCAUGCCUUGAUUCAGCAGCAGCAAAACCAGCCAUCCAGCUGGCCCACCUUGUCCCCAUCAGGCCCUUCCCCAGGACAAUUCGUACAAGAGAAAAUUCCCAGCCCUUCCUUUCGUCAGCAGCAGUUCAGCCCCCAAAGUUCAGCCAUGCCUGGGGUACCUGUCAAUGGGAAUCAGUCCAAAGCAAUGAAUAACUACAUCUAUAAACCAAACGCCACAACCCAGAGCAGCCCCAUUGACAUCAUAAUGCAACCAAAGCCUCAGGAUCUCAAUAGAAACUUUAUAAACAACACUCAAUCACCACUAGAGCAGCAUCAUGGCAACACAAAGCCUUUGUGUCAUUUUAACUCAGAGCAAACUAACCAGCAGAUGCCUUCAGUUUUGGGAUCCCAAAGCAAGCCUUCUAUUCUGCACUAUCCUCAGCAGCUGCAGAGCCCUGUUGCAGUGCAACAGCAACAGCAGCAACCUACUCAACCUCUCCAAAACCAGCCUCUUCAAAGGCCACCAAACGUAUCCUUAGCAUUGCAGCAGAAGAUGAUACUUCAGAAAAUGCAGCAAAGCCAACAAAUCUCAGGACUGCAGUAUCCCGUCUCUCAACAGCACAGACAGGAUCAACACUCUGUGAUAGGCCAAGGUGCAGGCCCCAGUCCAAGUUCCAGUACUUGCUCAAAUCCAAACACUGGAAGUGGUUACAUGAACUCAUCCCAGCAAUCAACGUUGAAUCAGCAACUGAUGGGAAAAAAACAGGCGUUGCAGAGGCAGAUGAUGGAGCAAAAGCAGCAGCUCCUUCUGCAGCAGCAGAUGUUGGCAGAAACAGAGAAAAUCGCUCCUCAAGAUCAAUUGAACAGACACUUGACAAGGCCACCACCAGAUUACAAAGACCAGAGAAGGAAUGUGGUCAGCAUGCAACAAGCAAACCAGUAUUCUGGUGCUUCUCCGGCAGUGAGUAUGAGCUCCAGUCUGUCUUUAUCAAAUCCUAUUUCAACUCAUAGCAUUUUGUCACAGAAUUCUAGCCUUUUGUCAACUCCCCAUGGAACCAGAAUGCCUUCUAUUUCAGCAGCCCGGAACAUGGGCUGUUACGGAAACAUUCCUUGCAAUCCACCAAGCUCAUACAACGUGACGUCAGGAAUGAACCAAGUGCAGCAACACAGAAACCAAAACCAAAUCAUAACCAGUCAAAAUAACCUCAUGAUGUCUCGCCAGCCAGCCCUGGCACAAGGAAACAACGUAACAGCUUUUGGGACUGGGUCAGCAGUUAACUCUCAGCAAGUGAGAGCAGGUUUAAACCACGGAGCGACAGGUCUCCCAGCACAAAGACCAUCGAAUGUGAUGAUCACUCCCAGUGCUGCUGCUCAGAACUGGGCCCCUCCAGAGGCAGCAACAAAGCAGCAGGAUGCACUGAAACCUACUGGAGUUCGUUUCCCAACGAGCUCUCCAUAUCCUAACCAGUCUCUGCAGCGCUCCAUAGGCAACCCGCAGUUUCCUCAGCAUGCUAUGGCACCUCCAAACCAAUUAACAACAGCAGUGCAAAUGAGACCUCCUCUAAACCAAAUGAACCAAACAAUAAACGGACAACCUGUUGGGUCACUAAGAGGUUUAAGUGUAGGAGCUAGCCAGAUCAGAGCACAGACUGUGCCUAACUUGAAUCACCCAGGAACAAGUAUGACACCACCAUCAUCCCUGCCGUCAACCAGUUUUACAUCUACCAACCAAAACUCUAGGGCUUACCAAGGAACUGACCAUGGGAAUGACUUAGCCUUUGACUUUCUUAACCAGCAUGGUGACAAUAUAGGGCCUGCACUCAACAGUGAUUCAGACUUUAUAGACUCUUUAUUGAAAACAGAGCCUGGUAAUGAUGACUGGAUGAAAGACAUCAACCUUGACGAAAUCUUGGGGAACCACUCAUAA